CACCUUUUUCUUUUUUUUCCUUGUGUGUUGUUGCCCCGCUGGCUGCCCGCCGCUCGCCCUGCACCGUUUGCUGGACGCGCGGCCGCUCGGCUGCCUGUCUGUCUGUCUCCUCUCACGACCCGUCCGCGACACCCACAAUUCCCCGCGCCACGACAAGAUGGAAGAGAGCGGCGGCGGCCGCAGAACAAUGUUUUGGCAAUAAAACGAGAGAAAAAAAAAAAAAACCCCGAAGCGGCGAACACGGGAGAGAAAACACGCAACCAUUUACACCAGCUGCGGUCAUGUGUGGGAUAUCCUCCUGCACUCCUUUGUAGAUAACUCACCCUCCUCCCCCCUGCAAGAAGCAAGACCACCACAAUGAGUAUUAUCCAAGACAAAAUGGGCAACGAGUUCCUGCGCAACGGUGGCAUGGACCCCAACUUUGCGCCUGGCAUGCUGAUGUUUAGCCACUUGCCGCCCGUCACCAGCUUCACUCGGCUCGCCUCCCAGUCAGUCAUGGGUGAGCUACCUCAGGAGAUGAUCCUGAAGAAGGAACGUGACUCGCCCCCAGAACAGCAAGCAUCUACCAACAACACUGGGGGCUUCCUUCAUGGCAUGGGCAUCAAGCAGGAGCGGCUGAGUGAAUUGGACUACCGCAUGCCCCUCUACGGUGGGGCAAGUGGGGGAGUAGGGGUGAACUGCGUGGGAGGGGGAGCGGGGAAGAGUGGCACUGACAUGCUGGAGAUUUCAUUCAGCAACCACCACCACAAUCAUCAGAACAUGCUCCUGCACGAUGUCAGCUUAAGCAACAUGCGGCCCCUUGGAGAACCGAUGUCUGGAAGACCAGGUAAAGAGCCGAAAGAGUCCUCAGGAAGAAGAGGUCGGAAGAGCAAUGGUGACGGCCAGGGGGGCAAAGCCCGACGAAAACGUGGCGAUGCAGCAAAGGCCAUGAUGUUGGAUGCAGACGGGGCAUGCUUGUCUCCCAACUCCAAACCACAUAUCUGCGAGCACUGCAGCGCUGCCUUCCGCAGCUCCUACCACUUGCGCAGACACGUGCUCAUCCACACAGGUGAGAGGCCUUUCCGGUGCAGUCAGUGCAACAUGAGCUUCAUACAGAAGUAUCUGCUGCAGAGGCACGAGAAGAUCCACAGCGGUGAGAAGCCGUUCAGCUGUGACCAGUGUAACAUGCGGUUCAUACAGAAGUACCACAUGGAGCGGCACAAGAGGACGCACAGCGGUGAGAAGCCAUAUCGAUGCGACACCUGUCAACAGUUUUUCUCAAGAACAGACCGGUUACUGAAGCACAAAAGGACAUGUGGAGAAGCCAUAAAGAAAGGCCUGGACCCCAGCAUGCUGCAGCUCAGCGAGGCGGAGCUAGGCCAGGGCAGCUACUCGCUCACUCAGGGAAACGCUACCACCUCGGGAAGAAAGCGUGUCAAGUCCAAAAAUGGUGAGGGCGGCGAGCGCAAGAGAAAAAAGAACGCCUCAGCAGCAACUACGUUGGCCCCCUCCUCCUCAGAAGAGGUUGCCCACAAUCUAGGCCUGCAGGACUUUAGCAUGGAGCACCCCUCAGGAGCUGGCCCAACUGUGCAGGGACGUACCCCUAAAUUGGUCUUCAAAAAGGCUGGUCGCAAGGGUCUGGACAAGAGCCUGCUAUCACUGGAAGACGUCAGUCAGUCCUCCACCUCCCUCCACGGGCAGAAGCUGAUAUCCCAGAAGCCUAGCUCUAUCGAUCAUGUGGGAGCUGCGGGCCUGGACAACAUUGGUUUGCUCCAGGGCCCCAAGCAGGGUCCUGCUACCAGCAGCAAUUAUGAUGAUGCAAUGCAGUUUUUGAAAAAGCGGCGCUACCUCCACGCAGCCAACAACGACUAUGGGGCAAGCUCGCUGCACAUGGCACCCCAUGGUAGUAGCGUUAUCCAGGGUUCCAUGGGGCCUGAGCCCACACUGGCCAUGCUGGACUCCUCACCUUUGGAGCUCAAGCAUGACAAGGCAGGUAUCCCAGAUGAGGUGCUUCAAAGCCUGUUGGACCAUUAUACCCACAAGCCAGAAGGUGCACACCACCACGAUGUGACUUUUGACCUGUCAGACCACCCACACCACGUGGACCUGCAGCCAGCUGCUCCUGUUACCCCAGACCUGGAGGAUGACUCGCCCAAUAGUGGUGAUAAGACGGUGGUGAUGAGUGAAUACUCCAAGUUCCUGUUGCAGGCCUUGGAACGCACCAGCCACAGUGGGCCCUUUGCCAGCCUAGGCCCCACUGGGCCCUUCCCACUGUUGUCCAGCAGUUCAAGCCCGACAGGGCCUCUCUUCUCUGAGAAGCAUGUCUACACCGCAUCACCGCUAGAGUGUGGCUACCCUCCUGCUGUAUCCUCCCCUCUCCCGAUUGCUGCCCCGUCAUCCACCUCCUCAACCUCCUCCUCUUCAAAGUCCCACUAUGGCAUGUUGGUGGGCUCUCCCUCUCAGCCUGGCUACCACCUCAGCCUGGAAUCCACCAGCCACCAGCAGCUCACUCCAUCACAGGAGCUGACCGAGCAGCUAGAGAAGCAACACUCCCCCGGUACCUUUAAUUUACCCCCCCAGGACCUGACAUCCUCGGGUGAGGGCCCCAAGGUGCAGCAGGCCAAGGCUGGCGGGGGCACUGCACCAACCAAUGGUUCUAGCUAUCCAGACUUAUCGCCCCUGGAUGCCCCCAAGGAGGCCACCUACCAGAUUGAGAACUUUGCCCAGGCCUUUGGCUCCCAGUUCAAGUCCGGACGCCGUACCCCUCUGAACUAUGGCAAUGAUCCUGGGGCGGAGGUCGACCACCGAAUACGGACUCCAGUGUCAGAAUUCUCAGGGUAUACCAGUUUGUUAGCUGACGUCAGUGAGCCAGUAAGUACAGGAUCAAAAACCCCGACAAGCCAAAGUUUCAGAUAAGGUUCAAACAAUGUGAACCCAGUUGGGGGCUGUCCUUUUACUGUGUGUGCUGUCCCUAAACCCAUCUUGGUUUUUUUUUUUUUCUUCUUGUAGCGAGGUUGAAUUUAAAAAUUAAAACACUGCCAUUAAAUAUUGACAUGAAAACUCUACCAGGGAUGGUCUUCCAAGGCCUCAAAUGCAAUUUUUUUUUAAUAUUCUUUUUUUUUUUAUUAUGUAUUUAGUCUCAACUAGAGUAGUGAGUAUGAUAUGAACAUAAGCCGUAGAUAUAAAUGUAAUUUAAACCAUUUAGAUAGUAGCUAUGGACUUACUUGUUUUACCUUUUUUUCUCUCGAACCUUUGUUCUACCAAUCACCAUACCAUUGUAAAGUAAUAUUGAAUUAUGUCGAUACGUUCAAUAAUAAUGUUUGUGGCAGGGAAAGGCCCAGAAUUCAAAUGGCAAAAAAAAAAAAAAGUAUAUAUUGUCUGUUACAAGAAACGUAUUUACUCAGGAAAUAGGCAAAAAUUGUGUAAUAAGAUUUUGUAUUAUAAGAUGCAAUUAGCACACUUUUUACAGGUGUACUUGGAGACUACAAAGCUUUCAUUUUUCUAACUCCUUGCAACAACAAAAAAAAAACAACAAAACAAAACAAACAAAAAAAAAAGAACGGUUACAUGUUCAUCUUGUUAGGUUUCUGCCGUGUUUAGGUUUCGUCAGGGUUGCGGUACUGUUGAGUCAAUGUGAAGACAUCCACUGACGUUUUAUAAAGGGCCACGUGUCUGUACACUAGCUAUUAUGGGUUGUUAUUAUUUUUUUUUACACAUUUUGUUUUAAGCACACGCCGCAUGCGCACAGUGCGUUCCUCUCCGAGCCGAAGGGGGCGUUGUGUGUGCGGCGUGCCGUCGGUCAGCACGCAGAAUCGAUCCCCUUGCGGCCGUGCCCGCCGGCGGCCCGUGCCAGGGCGGCGGCGUCGUCGGCGAAACGUUCGACCCCCAAACUCGUCUGUGGGCCCCGCUGUCCGUCCCGGCCCUGCGGUCCCGGGACGCGGCGGACGCCAGUCCUCUCCGUGACCUCUUCGUCAAGCUGUUGCCAACACGUCUUUGUUUUUUAUUUUGUUUUCCUGACGAUUUGUUUUUAACCGCUCCGCUCUCUCUGGCCCUUUUUCUGUUUUUUCCCCGAUCGACGGAAUCAAACAAGCACUUUUUUAAACGAACCAACAUUGGAAGAAAAAAAAAAAACAACAACAACAACUCGUUCAAAUUGCUUAUGUCGUUAUCAUGAUGCUGAUUAUUGUUCUUUUAA